GGGGUUAGGACCACACCUAACCCUAGGACAGCAUCCCAGUCAUCGAUCGAGAGCGUCCGUGGGUUGACUCGGACGCCACGCCGCCUACUCCCCCACACACCAUGGCUGAUACUCAACCCGUCCAGAAUCCCCCUGCAGAACAGCCGACGGAAGAGGGAGGAGACGCAAAGGGUCCGUCCAAGAGCGAGCUCAAGAAACGCGCAAAGGAGGCAGAGAAAGCAAAGAAGGCCGCAGAAAAGGCCGCACGCCAGGCAGAGCUCGAGGCGCAAAAGGCCGCUGCAGAAGUGGACUUCGCGACGGAGUACUAUGGCAAGCUCCCCCUGAACAAGUCGCAGACACGCCCGCGGCGCCCGCGCGUGCAGAUCGCGUCCCUCACGCCCGACAUGGACGGCACGCAGGUCUUCCUCCGCGCCCGCGUCCAGACGUCGCGUGCCCAGGGCAGCAAAAUGGUCUUCUUCAACCUCCGUCAGCGCAUCGACUCCAUCCAGGCCUUGCUUACCGUCUCGCCCGAGAAGGUCAGCAAGCAGAUGGCCAAGUGGGCCGCCGGCCUGGCCAUGGAGAGCAUCGUAUUGGUGGAGGGCACCGUAAAGAAGACCCCAGAGCCGAUCAAGAGCGCGACUGUGGGAGAUGUAGAGAUCCACAUCUCGCAGAUCCACCUCGAGUCGGGCCUUGAGACUAUCCUGCCGUUCAGCGUCGAGGACGCCACGCGUCCUGACACGGAAAUCGAGACAACAGAAGACGUCCAGUUCAAAAGGGUGCUUCUGGACACCCGACUCAACAACCGUAUCGUUGACCUCAGAACGACCACCAACCAAGCCGUCUUCAAGCUGCAACAUGCAAUCGGCGGCCUUUUCCGUGAAUACCUGGAGGGCAAGAGCUUCACGGAGAUCCACUCGCCAAAGCUGCAGGGUGCCGCGACAGAGUCUGGCGCGUCCGUCUUCAAGGUCAGCUACUUCAAGGGCAACGCCUUCCUCGCCCAGUCCCCGCAGCUCGCGAAACAAAUGGCCAUCGCGGCCGAUUUCGAGCGCGUCUACGAGAUCGGGCCCGUCUUCCGCGCGGAGGACUCGAACACACACCGGCACAUGACGGAGUUCAUCGGCCUCGAUCUCGAGAUGGCCAUCGACGAGCACUACCACGAGGUGCUCGAGCUCCUCGACGGGCUCUUCCUGCACAUGUUCCGCAGCCUCAAGCAGACAUUCGCGAAGGAGAUCGAGACCGUGCGCCGCCAGUUCCCCGCGGACGAGUUUAAGUGGCGCGAGGGCCCCGAGGGCACGCUCAAGCUGAGCUUCGCGGAGGCGGUGGACAUGCUCGUCGAGGAUGGCGUGCCGCGGGAGGACCUGGACGACAUCAACACGGAGAACGAGAAGCGGCUCGGGCGGCUCGUCCGCGCAAAGUACGACACGGACUACUUCAUCGUCGACAAGUUCCCCAUGGCGCUCCGCCCGUUCUACACCAUGCCCGACCCGAGCGACCCGACGCUCUCCAACUCGUACGACUUCUUCAUGCGCGGCGAGGAGAUCCUCUCCGGCGCGCAGCGCGUCCACGACCCCGCCCUCCUCGCGGAGCAGAUGCGCGCCAAGGGCGUCGACCCCGCGACGAUGGGCCCGUACCUCGACGCGUUCAAGCUCGGCUGCCCGCCCCACGGCGGAGGCGGGAUCGGUCUCGAGCGUGUGCUGAUGUUGUUCUUGAAGCUGAACAACAUCCGCCGCGCGUCGCUGUUCCCGCGCGACCCCAAGCGGCUGGAGCCGUAGUUGUAGUUGUUGACUGGGAGAGAAGGUUGUACGUUGUGUCAGGCAUUGUAGCAGAUAGAAACAGAAUGUAUCGAUGACGUCAGUGCCAUCACCAAUCUAAUCCAGUGUUCGAAUGUCCA